CGCGCUGGCCACUCCCCAGUGCUUCCCUCCUCUCCGGCAGCCCAACCCAGCCCGUGGCCGCACACACUGACCCCCACAGAUUUACCCAGGCCUCAGGAUAGCAGCACCACCAGCCUCUCCUCCGUGCAGAGGGAUGACUGCGGGCAUGGACGCGGCUGAGGGCGCCUGCGAGGUGGCCCCCGGGGGCCCCCAGCCCUCAAGCAUCGACGUGCACAUCCAUCAGGAGUCCUUCCUGGCCCAGCUGCUGAAGGGCCUCAUCGCCCGCCUGCAGGCACCCCGGCCGGCCGCCCCCACCCGCGGGGCCCGGCUGCUGGCGGCCUCCUGGGUGAUGCAGAUCGUGCUGGGGGUACUGGCCUGCCUCCUGGGAGGAGUCCUCUACCUCUGCCAGUACUCCAGCGUGCGCUACUCCGGAGCGGCCUUCUGGACCGGCGGCGUGGCUGUGCUGGCUGGGGCCGUGGCUUUCAUCUACGAGAAGCAACGCGGCAUCUUCUGGGCCUUCCUGAAGACCUUGCUCAUCGUGGGGGUUUUCACCACUGCCGUGAUCGCCAUUGUGAUGUUAACUAAUAAUUUCCACGACUUCAAUUACCCCUAUGACGGAGACAGCAUCUGCGACGUCUCCAGCGAUGACUGGCCCACCCGCGCCCCCACCACUCCCAGCCCCGAGGAGACCCAGAGGAAGGACCAGUGUGAAUCCUACGCACGCUUUCUGAGGGCCAUGGCCAUAAGCCUCCAUGCCACCCUCUUCGCCUUCUGGGUGCUACUGAUCAUCACAUCCCUGACCCCGCUGGCUCUGUUCUUCUGGACAACCUGCAUUUCCAAGAAGAAAAAGGACCAGAAGAAACUGCUGACAGGGAACGGCAUCUAGACGCUCUGCUUCGAGGGCUGGCCGGGAGCACUGCCAGGCUGAGCAUCCUGGGUCCUGACUUCUGGAUGGAGAACCAGAGCGGGCAAGAGGCAGUCCAGCAGCCCCGAGGCCUGUCCCACGGCCACUGCUUCCCUGCUGAAGGACACCUGUCACCCCUGCUCACAGUCACCGCCCUGCCAGCUUUGGGCCCCUGAGUGAUGCCAAUAAUAAACUCACGCUGCUGCCUCCGUC